UCCCGUUGCACACCCGAACGGAACCCUCGCAUCGGCUUGUAACGUACGCCUCUCGAAAGCCCGCGCCUCCCUCUCUUUCUCUCUCUCUCCGAUCCCGCCAUUUCCCACUCUCUCUUCAAUCGCCGUUCGCUUCUCGCUCGCUGCACGGAAUCAAUCCAGCCAUUUUCGUUCUUCUCUCUGCGUUCCACCGCGCGAUUUGAUGGGUUUUUGCUUCUGCAGCGAAGUGACCUGACCGGAGAGGCGUCGCUCCUUUGCUAUACGAGAACCUCGCCCCUAGCGUCGGCGAUGUCGUGAGCUACGUCUCCGGUGAUCGGCGAAUCUUGGCGUUUGGUGAUGGGGAAGAGAGACACGGUUGUUGUUUUGUCGUCGGACGAUGGAGGUGAUGAAGGUGAAGGUGAAGGUGAAGGUGAAGGUGUAAGUGUGUUGAGCUCGAGUCGGAGCCGCUCGAAGCCGACGGUGAAGUCGCUCGUUACUCGGUCGGAGCCGAGAAGAGCGAAGAAGCCUCGGGUUUCGGGCUCUCGAUCCCGAUCAUCGUGUAGACGGUCCUCUAUCGUAGACGAGUUUCAGUUUUUAAAGGAAGACUUCAAUGAAGUAUUCACUGGUGCCAAGGUAACAACGGGUUUUGGUAGGAGCACUGCCAAGGAGUCAUGGGUUGAUAAGUAUAAACCAUGUACUUUUGAAGAGCUUGCAGUACACAAGAAAAAGGUUGAAGAAAUCAAAUCAUGGUUUGAGGAAAGAUUGAUUACUUCAAAGGAUAACCUUGGCGAUCAUGUUCUUAUUAUUACUGGGCCAGCUGGUGUAGGAAAAUCUGCUACUAUUUUUGUUGUUGCAUCUCACCUUGGAGCCACAUUGUGUGAGUGGAACACACCUACUCCAACAGUCUGGAAGGAAUAUAUCCAUAACAGCAACACAGGGCAGUAUGUAUCUAAGUUAGAUGAGUUUGAAGCUUUUGUUGAGAGAACAAGAAAGUAUGGACUGAUUUCUCAAUCAUCUGCCGGAGAGUCAAAAUCACCAGCAAUACUCCUCAUUGAUGAUCUACCUCUGACACAUGGGAAUGUUGCACGCAGAAGACUGCAGAACUGUCUACAUCUUCUUGUGCAAUCUACUCAUAUACCAACAGCUAUUCUAAUAACUGAUUAUGGUCGAGUGGAUUCAGCUGACAGGGAAGCACGAUUUUUAGAGGAACUUCAUUUGUCCCUUGAAAGUGCUGGAGCUCGUAAAAUUGCAUUUAAUCCUAUCACCAGUAAUGCCAUUAAGAGGAUACUUUCCAAAAUAUGCAGCCAGGAGCUGUGCAAUGUGACUUCUGAACAGAUCGAUUUGAUAGCGAGGGCAAGUGGAGGUGACAUCCGACAUGCAAUCACAUCCUUACAAUUUUUCUGUCUUAAGGCAGACUUGCCAUCCUUAUCUUUGUCAAGUCCAAUGACGGUACAUGGUCCUCAUCUUGGCAGAGAUGAGACGAUCUCUCUCUUUCAUGCCCUGGGAAAGUUUCUGCAUAACAAAAGAGAGAGUGCCUGUCCAUUGGUUAAAGAUGCACAUCCCAUGCAAGAGAAAUUCAUGAGAUUACCCUUAAAGAUGGAUGCUCCAGAGAAGGUCCUUUCUCAGGCACAUGGGCAAGCAAGGCCAAUUGCUGAUUUUCUGCAUGAAAAUGUUCUAGACUUUCUUAAUGAGGAGGCUGUGGAUGAUGCCUCAGCUGUACUUUCUUAUUUGGGUGACGCUGAUGUGCUCUUGCACAGUUUUCGUGGAGCAGUAGCUAGAAAUUGUGAGGCAGAGCUUGUUGUACAGUCUGCUGCUGCUUCAAUUGCUGUUCGAGGGGCACUUUUUGGAAACUCACAUCCAUUGCCCCCCAGGUGGCAUAUCAUUCGUAAGCCAAAACUCUGGCAGAGUGAGAAAUUGUCUUUACACAAUAAGGACGAGAUGUUAAGACAGAGAUUCAUGGUUUAUAACGGAGUUAGCUCAAGUGAUGUGUCAGUAAUAGCUACUGAGUACAUGCCUGUGUAUAAAUGGCUUCAGCAUAGGUUUCCUAAGGGACACCAAGCUCAUGAAGUUAUGAUGCUGAGCACUGAGAUUGAAGAUGGGAUGAGUUUAGAUGAUCAAGAUGUGAAGACAUCUGAUGAUGAGAUCGAGGAGUGGUGAGUUGGAGUCUAGUAAUAUGCAAGAGCUUCGCGGUUUGCUUCCCCAAUAUGUACGGUGUCCUCAUAUGCAUUAGUCAUCCAACUUGUAAUCACGACCCAAUUGGAAGAGUGGAGCUCUAGCGAGCUAUAUCGCCGUGCCAAGUGGAGCAAUUUGCAGUGUUCUUUGUAUAGAAUUAGGUUGAGUAAAAUUUUAGAGUUUUUCUGUGUAUUUCGUCUUUUACUUUGAUGGAAAAUUAAAGUUUAUGUGGAGCAAAAUGGAAAGGGAAAAUCAAAUCGCAGGUCUUUUUCGAUCUCGAUCAGUUUAUGAGUGGAUGAGCUAAAAUCCUUUCUGGAGC